AUGCAAAUGCACAAGUUGAGUUGUUUAAAAUUAUCCCCAUUCCAGGUCAGACAGUCGGGGAUUUUAUUGACGCCAUACAAGGAAAGUUAUAGGCAAUUGAAACAAUACAACAACGGUUUUGUCUCCGUUCGAGCACACGUUUUCUCACAUUUACAUAAAUAUUUCCCCGAGAAGAUAUUCGAGGCAGACUGGUUGUCAAAACCAGAGUCCAAAUUUUGGACCGAUCUCGACUUAAUGGUUGGGCUGGCGAUUUUCCAGCCACCAGCCUCUUCACUGAAUAUUGAUGCUAUUAAUGUCAUUCCAUCAGCUUAUAACAACAACCCACAAUCGUAUGACAGGAACAACAACCAACAAUCAUCAUAUAAUCGAAAUCUGAAUUAUAAAUUGAAAACAUUUUAUCCGAAGCCAUUCGACAAACCAAGAUUUGAUAAACCUCCAUAUAGAAAUGAUCAGAUUUAUUAUCAAAACACUUCAAACUCCUCCAUCAAAUAUAACCCUAGAGGACAUAAUCCUUUUCACAAUAAUCAACAAAAAGGCAAACCACCUUAUCGACCAUAUAAAAGAAGAGGAUAUGUUUGGAAUAAGGGUAAAAGAUCACAGAAGAUUUAUGAAUUAUCAAUUGACCCUGAAACAUAG